CUCCUACUUGUUUUUUUUUUCUUAUACGCACAAGCCCAUACAGUGUCAAGCAAAUUUUCUUCCUGAUUAAGAGCCAAAAUAUGUUAAGACGGAUUGUUGCAAGAGAUUUAGCAUCAGUUUAUAGGCAAACAUGGUGUUUACAGCGGACUACAGUAUCAGCAAAUCGAGCCUAUGCAAGACCUUUCCCAAGGACAGUGUCUCCACUUUCAAUGCAAAGAAAGUUUUUCCUCACCAAUCAACCAGCCGAGCGUUCUGUCAGUGCGUCGGCGCAAGAGGACCAAAAGAGGAGUGAAAGCUCAGUCUCAGAGCUGGGAAGUGAUGUGAAAACGGUCGUGUCCGAUUUUACAGACGUCCCGAAGCCUGCUAUGUUCUUUGGCUUUCUGGGUGUCUUACCAUGCAUGGCAGCAAGUGUGAUGAGCGUUUAUUAUGCAGACUCUCCCGAGCUUUUAUCUUUUAUCGAGCCAGUGCAAGUGGGCAUUGGAGCUUGUAUAUUGUCGUGGCUGGGAGCUGUCCACUGGGGUUUGGAAAUGGCCAAAUACAAUGGUUCUACGGGAUUCGCACGUUAUUCUUAUGGCGUCAUUCCUCCACUUCUUGCCUGGCCGACGCUGUUCUUCCCAACGGACGUUGCACUCCUAUCUCAAAGCUUUGGUUAUGUGUUUCUCCUGUAUACUGAUGUCAAGGCAGCUGGCCGAGGAUGGACUCCAAGAUGGUAUCCCUUUUUAAGGUAUUGGCUUACUUGGAUCGCUGGUGGAUCAAUUUGGAUUUCCCUUAUAGGAAAGGAUUGGCGACGUCGAGGAAAUCCUACCAAGCGUGUUAAGGAUGACAUGGCUGCUGAAUAAAACCAAUAACUGUGUCCUGCAUUAUUCAAAAGCAAUAAAAAUAUGGCGGGAAACAUUUCAUGAUCGAUGCUCAAAAGGUUGGGAC